AUGGCCAAGGCCAUUUUGCUUUCCCGAAACGCAAAGAAUGGCCUUCUCAGCGGCAAAUCACCUUUAUACGCGGAACUACAUCACGAAGUUCACACACUAGACUUUCCAGAAUCCAUAGCAAAAGUAGUGGAAACAGCACCUAAAAGCCGAAUCACAACUAUUGACAUUCUCUCGCCGUAUCCCCCAACGACGCUCACCUACCCACCUACUUCAACUGCCCACCUCAAGAUUGUGGCUGAACUCUCUCUGACGAAAUCUGGCUCGCUUGACUCGCUUGCAUCGGAGAGAGAGAGAGAGCGCGGCUCAAAAAACAAGCCACAAAAGAGCCCCGAACCCGAGCCCAACAACCAAAAACAAACAGCCCCAGCGUGUCCGGACCGAAACGUCUUUCUUCUUUCCGUCCUUCUUGAGCCCCUUCGGUUCAGUCGGUGGUGUGAGAUGAUCUGGCCUUGUCUUUUCGGGGCUACUUCUCACCUAGCACGUGUCUUUGAGAAUGGCGCUGAAACCACACCAAAAAAGCUGUUGAGCGGCUGGCUUUACCCGCACACAAACGCACAAUACAUGCGCUCAUCUACCCUGGCGCCAGAAACGUGUCUGCCCGCCUCUAACUCUAGGCUACUCUACUGUUGCCGUCGCCCAUCGUUGGACGGGACGCUACUCUUCUUUGAAAGAUGGUCUGUCACCAUCUAUUCUCCUCUUUGUCUAUCGAGAACGAAGAAGCCGCUCUCGACCAUGACACGACACGUUCGCAAAAACCUGGGCCGGAAACGGCAACACGCCGCGUGGUUGUUUGAGUUGGAUACUUCACCUGGCAAGGACGCCUUCGCACGCACCAUACUCAUUAACAUUCGGCAGAACAACCCAAACAUCUUGACCUUCAGCCCCCCCUUACCUAUCCCAUCUAAACCUCACGACACGCAAAGAAAGGCAAAGCCCGAAACAACCCCAAAGCCCAAAGACUCUAACAAUAGACCCUCAGGCGUGCGAGGCUCUCACUUGCAUCAUAACCCAACCCACAAACCCCAAUCACUCACAACUCAUCAUUCCAUCGGGCCUUGCUCAGGGAAGAAUGGAAGGGGGGCGAUAGGACCGAGUUCGAUACCACCGUCAUCUGCCACCUGCCAAAUCUCACCGUCCAUCUACAGUCUAGACAAGGUCCAUACGGGUCUCGCGGUCGCGGGAGCUUCCCUGCACAUUCGGGACGAACCAGAACAACCACGAAACCUCGGACCUCAAAAGUUUCGCACAGACGAUCCAGCCAUCAGCCGGUGCGAUCUCAACGGCUUGAGGUGUUCAUCGGGAAUGGCUCAGACAAACGCGCUCGCGCACAACAUGUAG